AUGUCAUUCGUCAUUCAUAAACUCGGCCUUGCCAACAAUUUCAAGCCAACGCGGCACAGGGCGGCAAGGCCACAUUUUGGCCGUGGCGGAAUCCAAGUCCCAAAUCCCGGAGUCACAGCAGAUAUGUCGAGCUUCAAGAAACACGCGAGAGAAGUCGCCGCCGGCCAGGAUCUGCAAAGCGACCAUACAGGUCCUCCUGAACAGGCACCAAACGUACCUCAGGCUACACCCCUAGAAGUCCUCUGUCUCGCCAUCGCCAUCUUUGUUCUUGCGUGUAUCCUCGGUUUCAUUGUCCUGAUUGGCAUCAAAACUAGGCGCUCGCGCGCACAACAUGAGGCCAAUAGCUUUCCGGAAAGUAAUGGUCGGGAGAGAUGGGAUUUACACGACACAACACAGGUCUUUAUCAACGGCGUCCAGCGACGGAGCGACUCGGUGGCGGGACAGGAGAGAAACGAGCUGCAUCUCCUGGAGAGGGACGAUACGGCCUCCCUUGCACCAAAGCACAUCUUCAGACCUUAG